AUGGCUCGUCAGUUUUUCGUCGGUGGCAACUUUAAGAUGAAUCCUGUUUCCAGACAGGCCAAGGCAGCUCUUGCCAAAACCCUCAACAAGGCAGACCUUGAUCCAGCCACCGAGGUCGUCGUAGCGCCGCCAGCGAUAUACCUUUUACCUUUGAAGGACAUCCUCAGGAAGGAUGUCAAAGUAUCGGCACAAAACUGCUAUUUCAAAGAUUCCGGAGCCUUCACUGGUGAAAUCAGCCCCAAGCAACUGGUAGACUCUGAGAUACCCUAUGUCAUUCUUGGCCACUCGGAACGCCGCACACUCUUCCACGAAACAUCAGAGCUAGUAGCUACCAAGACGCGUGCAGCACUUGAUUCGUCUCUCAGUGUCAUUCUCUGCAUCGGAGAGACUCUUCAGGAGCGCGAAGCGGAUCAAACCGCUAAGGUAUGCCAGACACAAUUGAAGGCUGUUGUCGAAGUUCUGAAGGAGUCGGAUUGGAGCAAAAUCGUCAUUGCCUAUGAGCCCGUCUGGGCCAUUGGUACCGGAAAAGUCGCGACAUCUUCUCAGGCCCAGGAGGCUCAUGCGGACAUCCGUGCUUACUUGUCCAAGGCAGUAUCUCCCGCUGUCGCCGAAACUACCAGGAUCAUCUAUGGAGGAAGCGUAACAGCUGCAAAUUGCAAGGAACUCUCUACGAAACCCGACGUCGAUGGGUUCCUGGUCGGGGGUGCUUCUUUGAAGCCCGAAUUUGUCGAUAUCAUUAACGCAAAGCUUGAGAGGUCGAUCUAA